CAUGUUUGCCUCUGUAUCACAUGAUGUGGCAGCCUGCGAGAGUCUCAUGGAGCCCACCAGCCUAGGCGGUCUGUCCCGGAGAGAGGAAUCCAGAAUACACAGCUCGCCCACACUCUAACACCCUCUGCCAGAGCAAAGGAUCAUCACAGUCGGGAGCCAGCUGCUGUCCUCAUACCGUCCCACCCCACCGCCUCCCCCCAAGAACAUGCCCAGCCACUCAGCGUGAGGGGGAGGUGGGUGGUGGUAAGGGGCGUGAGGAGAGAGGUGGCAGCCCUUGCUGGAGGUGGGCAUGGAGCCGGAACCCCUGGGCGCCCCCAGGCAUGUGAGGAGUUUCCCGGCCAUGGUGCACUCGUUCCCCUUUGCCCGGACGCUAAGGGGGUCCCCCCCCUUGGGGCUACUGAACCACAGCUCCGGACUAAACCCCUACCGAGGGGGAGGAGCUGGGGGUGAGUCCCAGCAGGGAGCCCCGUUCUCUGUAGACACGCAGAGCACGAGCUCGGAGGAGAUGGCGCCCAGUUCCCCGUCGCCCCCUCCUCCGCCCCGGGUCUACAAACCCUGCUUCGUGUGUCAGGACAAGUCCUCAGGAUAUCACUACGGGGUCAGCUCGUGCGAGGGCUGCAAGGGCUUUUUCCGCCGGAGUAUCCAGAGGAACAUGGUUUACACGUGUCACCGUGACAGGAACUGCUCCAUCAGUAAGGUGACGAGGAAUCGAUGCCAGUUCUGUCGGCUACAGAAGUGUUUCCAGGUCGGGAUGUCCCGAGAGUCGGUGCGGAAUGACCGGAAUGUGAGGAAGCCGCGAUCCCAGGAUGGGGAUGGAGGGAACUCGGAGUUGAGUGUGGAGCUGGAGGAACUGAUCGAGAAGGUGUGCCGGGCCCAUCAGGAGACCUUCCCUUCACUGUGCCAGCUGGGCAAGUACACCACGAACUCCAGUGCUGACCACCGGGUGCAGCUGGACCUGGGUCUCUGGGACAAGUUCAGCGAGCUCGCCACCAAGUGCAUUAUCAAGAUUGUGGAGUUUGCCAAGCGGCUGCCGGGCUUCACCGGCCUCAGCAUUGCUGACCAGAUCACCCUGCUUAAGGCCGCCUGCCUCGACAUCCUGAUGCUACGCAUUUGCACCCGGUACACCCCUGAGCAGGACACCAUGACCUUCUCGGACGGGCUGACGUUGAACAGGACCCAGAUGCACAACGCCGGCUUUGGGCCCCUCACCGACCUCCUCUUCGCCUUCGCCAGUCACCUUCUGCCCCUGGAGAUGGACGACACGGAGACUGGCCUCCUCAGUGCUAUCUGCCUCAUCUGUGGGGAUCGGAUGGACCUCGAGGACCCAGACAGAGUUGAUCGUCUUCAGGAACCGUUAUUGGAAGCACUGAAGGUCUAUGCCCGGAAACGUAGGCCAGACAAACCCUCCAUGUUUCCCCGAAUGCUGAUGAAAAUUACUGACCUGAGGGGUAUUAGUGCCAAAGGUGCUGAGCGAGCCCUCACCCUGAAGACGGAGAUCCCGGGCCCGAUGCCCCCUCUGAUCCGCGAGAUGCUGGAGAAUCCCGAGACACUGCCGGAACAGGAGGCUGGAGGCAGCCCUCGCCAUGACCCUCACCCACCCCUCUGAUCGUGCCCUCCCUCUGCUGGGAGCAACUGUCCCUUGGGCGAGAGGGAAUUGGGGCCAGUGAUUGGAGUUUGAAUCAACCCCUUUCCUCUUAUCCGUGUCCUCCCACCCUUUCCCUUGGGACCAGGGGUGUGGAGAGACUGCAAAGCAAGACUCCACUAUCUGGGAAUGGGCCUCCAGCUUCCCUCUUCUCUGGGUAGGGGUGUGGGGCUACUGCACAGCAAGAUUCCAACAGGCAUGGAGAUUUUGGGGUUUGGGCCAAACCCCCCCUCCCUGGAUGGGUGGGGUAGGGGUGGGCACUGCAGAGGACAACUCCAAUAUAUGACAGGGUCCUCUAUCUCUGGAGAGGGGUGCAAGACUGCACAGCAAGACUCCGUAUGAGUGGAUGGGUUGAGAUUUGGAUCGGCCCCCCUACCCAGUCGCUGGGGGUGGGGUGGGAGAAACUGCACAGCAAGACUCCAUUAUGGGUUUGGAUCUAUCACCCCCACGUCUCUGGUGGGGGUAUCUGCACAGCAAGACUCCAAUACCAGUGAAUGACGGAGUUUAAACAACCACCUGGGAGGAGGGUGGGUUGGCAUUUUGGGGUUUCCAUGGUGUGUAUGUUGGGGGGGGAG